AUGCCCGCCAUGUGGGACAACUUGAAAACUGCCACAGGCCCCAGUGUUCACCAGCUGCCGCCUCCAGAGCUCAAGAAGCGACAAUUCCUUCGCCCAACCCAGACUCUUCCUCUAAGCAAAUCCACCUCGAGCGUCAACAAGCUCAGAAACAGCGACGAAGACCAGGACCGAGCUUUUUGGCAGAACGACUUUGACAACCGACUCAACGGCCUCGGCAUCCAGAACGGCCCCUUCAAGUACGAGAUUCGCCGUGGAAAGACGGUUCCACAGCCAGACAUUUCUGGUCCACGUCAACUGCAGAUGUCGCGUUCUCCUGGCGCAGCACCCCGUCAUGACAUGGGCACCCACGCCAACCUGAACGCUUGGACGCCAACGCCAGGCAGGCGCAGCAGGUCUCCCAGCUGGACGCCUCAUUCUGCCGAGUACGACGACGACAAGAUGAAGGUAUUCGUUGGCUUCCAAUCAGCCACGAAUCGGGCUUCCUUUAUGCCACACGAUUGUUCUGGAUCUGCACGCUCGCAGCACAUGGCGCAGGACGGCGUGGAUCCUUUGGAACCGCUGGCGACCACAGCACCUGCCUCAGCCAACGGCCAACGCUCUGACAGCUCCCCUCCCCUCGAUUCAGACGAUCUCAGAGUACGGGCUCCUCCCAGGAAUCAACGACUUAAGGCCGACGACGAAGCUCACUGGCGUCCUACUUCCUCCAUCUACGGCGACGAGGACGACAGCAACAACAACCACUCCCGUUCCCACUCCCACUCCCGCCCUCAUCGCAAGCCUUCCUCUACUGGUCGCUCCAAGGCCAAGGCGCCUGCCAAAGACAUGUACGGUCGCCCAACGGCCAUUGAGAUCUCCCCGCCCAGCUCUCCCGAGUUCGACGCUGCACGAAAUGGGGGAAAUCAUGAAGAUGUCUCACCUAUCGAUGAGGCCCCCGAUAUGUCUCAGCUAGAACUUCUUCAAGAUGCUCGACAUACACCCUCUCCUCAGUCACACGCACAUCCUCGCAGCCAAAUUCCGACCAUGCGUCGUGACAAGACAAGGGACCAGGAUCAUAGACCUUCUCCCCUUCGAGAGUCGAAGUCAAUUGAUCAACUCAGAGACCAGGAGAAGCAUGGGAAGCACCCUUGGGAGGGAGCUGUGGGCCAGCAGGCCCCCUCCAGCAAACCUCCACACACUUUUGGACUCACUACUACCGUGACGGGACCUCGGGCUCUUCGCCCUUCCAACCCUCCUACGACAUUUGGACAGCGGAUGCGUAAGCUCAGAUUGAAGGCCGAGCCAGUUGAGAGUCGGCCACCAUGGAACGGAGCAAGUGGCCGUGCUCCUUUGGUUGAACCAGUUCGCGACGACCCCUCUGUUGCGCCGUUGUCUCUGCAGCGCAGGGUCAGCAAACGGGUUGGACUUGGCGGUGGCACAUCUCCCGAAAGUCCCAGCGGCGCAGCUUCAACGGUCCGACGACUGCUUCCCUCGCGAUCCAAUCAGAAGCUCAAGGAUGCUAGCAAAACACCAUCACCCGAGCCUACCUCGCAAGCUGGUACCUCACAUGCUUAUCCUAGCCCUCCCUACUCUAGCUCCCCCCCCUCUCAGCCGCCUGUAUCGUCUCAUGCCGCACGGCCGGUUCAUGCGGCGCCCCUGCUCACCCCAAGCACGAUGCCUGAUCAACAAAAGGCCAUUAAAAGAAAGCCGUCGCCCUCCGCUCACAUCUCUCACGCUUCUUACUCGAGUUCGGUGUACUCUGCCCUGACGGAACAGACUGCUUCCGGUCCUGCACCUCUCCCCAACAACCUCGAGCCAACGAGCCUGUUUGCGCCUGAGGAUCCUUGGGUUCAGCCCCCUUCGCGUUUCAGCGUUACCACAUGCAACACGGCCGCUCCCGAAUCACCCCGCCUCUCUGACGACGAAGAUCGACCACCAAUGCCUACUACUUCAAAGCUCCCGUCGAUGAUGGACCGUAGGAGGCCAGUUCCCGGCGGCGAUAGUUUCAAGAGGGCCUCGAAUGAUCCUAUCAUUAUUUCGAUGAAGACGUCUAGUCUCUCCCUAAGGUCGGACGCGGCAAGCCAAGAUCGAACGAGCACUGAGAGACCCCCAUCUAUUCUCGUGACUGAUAAAGCCCUCCCACUUGCACCUCCCGAAAUGCAGUCAGCAAACGACCGUGUUGCGUACCUCACAGCCCGACUUGACAGUCUCGCUCAUCGACGCACCAACAUCAACAAGAGCAUCAAGCAAAUGACGGAGCUGAUGCCUACCGACAACCUCUUGGCAAGCGCGGAUGUUAUUCGCAGGCGCGAGAUCGAGAAGAAGAAGGUUGAGGGGCUCAAGGAGGAGCUGGCGGAGAUUCAACGUGAGGAGUAUGACUUGGGCUUGAAGCUCUACCGAGCCAACAAACGGCUUGAGAGAGAAGCAGCUUUUGAGCCGUCGUCGCUGUGGGUCAGACGAGUCACAUCGUGA